CCCCCUGCAGUGGACAGGAAGGACAAGACAGCAACGAUGCCCGACUCGCCUGCCGAGGUGAAGACGCAGCCCCGCUCCACGCCCCCCGGCAUGCCGCCCCCAGCGCCUGCCGCGUCCCAGGGGGCCACCCGGCUCCCCUCCUUCACGCCUCACACAAAUCGAGAAGACGGGCCCACGAUGUCCCUGCCCCACGGCCGUUUUCAUGGCUGCUUAAAGUGGUCUAUGGUCUGUCUUUUGAUGAACGGCAGUCACUCGCCAACGGCCGUCAACGGGGCCCCGUCCACACCCAGCGGCUUCAGCAAUGGCCCGGCCACCUCGUCCACAGCCUCGCUGUCCACGCAGCACCUGCCCCCGGCCUGUGGGGCACGGCAGCUCAGCAAGCUCAAGCGCUUCCUCACCACCCUGCAGCAGUUCGGCAGCGACAUCUCCCCGGAGAUCGGGGAGCGCGUCCGCACGCUGGUGCUGGGGCUCGUGAACUCCACGCUGACCAUCGAGGAGUUCCAUUCCAAGCUCCAAGAGGCCACCAACUUCCCUCUGCGUCCAUUUGUCAUCCCCUUCCUGAAGGCAAACCUGCCCUUGCUGCAGAGGGAGCUCCUGCACUGCGCCCGCCUGGCCAAGCAGACCCCCGCCCAGUACCUGGCCCAGCAUGAGCAGCUCCUACUGGACGCCAACGCCUCCUCGCCCAUCGACUCCUCCGAGCUCCUGCUGGACGUCAACGACAACGGCAAGAGAAGGACACCUGACAGGACCAAAGAGAAUGGGUCAGACCGUGACCCACUGCACCCCGACCACCUCAGCAAACGGCCGUGCACCCUGAGCCCCGCCCAGCACUACAGCCCCAGCAAUGGGCGGCCCCACCCCACGCCACCACACUACCGCCUCGAGGACAUGGCCGUGGCCCACCACUUCCGUGACUCCUACCGCCACCCUGACCCCCGGGAGCUGCGGGAGCGCCAUCGGCAACUCGGUGAGCGGUGCGCUGGGGAGCAGGGGCACGCGCGGGCCUGCACGGCGGGGGGAGAAGCACAGAGCUGCGGCGAGCACGUCAGCGCGGGCAAGAUACGCUGA